AUGAUGUUCACUUGUACGUUCCUGCUGAUUUCGCUGCCAGUCGUUAGACCAGAUGCAUCUGAAAAACAACUCUUGAGAGACCUGUUUCGCACCUAUUAUCGUUUAGAGCGACCAGUGGCGGAAACGUCAGAAGCCGUGAUCGUCACGUUGAGUGUUCGGUUACGUCAGAUCGUAGACGUGAAGUGGAAAGACAGAAACAUGAAAUGGACUCCGUCUGAGUAUGGUGGAAUUCGAGACAUCAGUAUUCCAGCUGAAAAAAUUUGGAAACCGGACAUUCUCCUGUACAACAAUGUCGAUCAGAAAUUUGAUUCAGCGAACGCCGUAAACGCUGUCAUUAAUUUUGAAGGCGAAGUUACCUGGGUAUCACCAGGUAUAUUUCGCAGCAGCUGUGCGAUGGACAUGACUUUAUUUCCGUUCGACGAACAGACAUGCAAAUUGAAGGUGAGCAGCACAGUCGACUAUACCGAUGAUGCGGAUGUGAUCUUUCAGUUUGGAUCUUGGACACAUAACGCUUGGAAAAUCAACCUGCAGGCUGACCCUGUGGGCUUAGACGCGUCAGAAUUUCUUGAAAACGGCGAGUGGAUUUUAUUAUUAGACCGGGACGUGAAACGAGACGAGAAGUUUUACGAGUGUUGCCCUCAGCCGUACCCAACUUUGGAGUUUUACGUGCACAUAAAGAGGAAGACGCUUUACUACGGAUUCAACAUAAUCAUUCCAACGACGAUCAUCCUCAUUUUGAUGGUGAUUGCUUUCAUACUACCACCGGAGGAGGGUGAAAAGAUGUCACUGUCGAUGACUGACCUUCUGUCCAUUUCUUUCUUGUUUGGCAUAUUGAACGAAACCGUGCCUCCUAUGCCAGACAACUUGCCGAUCCUCGGUGUGUUCUACUCUUUGUGUCAGGCGAUUCUGUGUAUGUCCGUCAUGUUCAACGUAUUCGUGCUGAACAUCUACCGUCGUAAUCCAAAAAUGCAGCGGAUGCCCAAAGUGGUGAGGCUACUGCUGCUGACGUGGAUCCCAUGGGCUCUGAUAAUGGAACGACCGAAGUAUGCAUUCUGUAUACGGAGGUGUGGUAAAAGGCAUGUUUUUCCAUCUGUCCUCACACGAAUAGUACAAAAGUGUGUGAGCAACGACGGAGCCUACUUACAAGAAAAAACGAACCUGGUCACAAAACAACUCCUGUCGACAGACAGAAACCAAAUCAAUCUCAUAGAGCCGAUUUCCAAGGAUAUUUUGAUGGACAAGCUGAAGAUCAUUUUACUGAACUUGUCGUUCCUAAAUAAAUUAAUUACUGACUCUGAAGAAGUGAACGAAGCGCUCAGCGACUGGUUCUUUGCUGCAAGAGCGAUGGACAGAUUGUGCUUAGCUAUCUUUAUAGUGAAUAUAUUGGUAUCGAUGUACGUGCUGACCAGCAGUACGUUUUACAUUUGA